UGACGCAUUACACCUUUCCAGGUCGACAAAGUCAUUUAUAACUGCACCCGCGAACGGCGAAUUGCAUUGCAGCACACUUUGCCCGGUUCAGUUGAGGCACACCAAAACGACAGCACUUCCAAUGCCACCCCGGAAACGCCGUGCUGCGUCGCCGCCUGCAGAGGCCGAGAAAGCGCCUAGCCGGCGGUCCCGGCGCGUCUCGAGCACGCCCAAGAAGAGCAGUUACUUCGAGGACCGGGACGACGACGACGAUGGUUAUGAAGGCGAUGGCAAGGUUGAAGAUGAGAGCGAUGUGCCCGAGAGUGAGGUUGAUGAUGAUGAGGAAGAGGACCCGCCUAAGAAGCGUGGACGGGGACGGCCCAAGAUUCAAGUCGCGAAACCCAAGGUUCAAAAUGUAAAAUCCAAGGUCAAGACACCACAAAAGACUGCGAGCGCGAGGGCUGUGAAGAAGCAAAAAGUUGAAGAGUCCGAGGACGGCUACCAAGACGAACAGCUCGACGAAGAUGACAAAGGGGAAGAGGAUGAGGACGAGGACGAGGACGACUUCGAGGGUGAGAGGGUCACCUUUAUUCCGCACGUGAAGCUCCGGCCCCUAGACGGCAUGGAUUACUCGGACGACACUGUGCACAAGAACACAAUCCUUUUCUUGAAGGACCUGAAGGCUCACAACCAGAGGUCGUGGCUCAAAAGCCACGACGCCGAAUACAGACGUGCGCUCAAGGACUGGAACUCAUUCGUCGAGACCAUCUCCCCCAAGAUCACCGAGAUCGACUUCACAGUUCCCGAGCUGCCAGCCAAGGACCUGGUUUUCCGGAUUCAUCGUGACAUUCGUUUCAGCAAGGACCCGACUCCUUACAAGGCGCACUUCUCUGCCGCAUGGUCAAGGACGGGGAAGAAAGGCCCCUACGCCUGCUACUACAUCCACCUGCAGCCAGGCUCUUGCUUCGUCGGCGGCGGCUUGUGGUGUCCCGAGGCAUCGCAUCUGCAAAAGUUGAGGGCGAGCAUCGACGAGCGGCCGCAACGUUGGCGUAGGGCGUUGAAUGACGAGAGGUUCAAGAGCACUUUUCUGCCCAAGGCAGCCAAGAAAGGGGGCGACGAAGCGGCUUUAAAAGCGUUUGCUGAGACAAACAAGGGCAACGCGCUGAAGACCAAACCGAAGGGAUACUUGGCGGACCAUCGCGAUAUCGAGCUGUUGAAGUUGCGAAACUUCACUAUGAGCAAGAAGGUCGAUGACCAGAUCUUCACCAAGGAAGACGCCCAGGAGAAGGUCUGCGAGAUCAUCUCAGCCAUGCACCCGUUUAUCACCUUCUUGAACAGAAUUGUCAUGCCCGAUCUUGACGACGAGGAUGACAGCGAAGACGAAGACGGCCUGGAUGAUGGUCAAGAGAAUGACGAUGCCGAAGAAAACGGCAAUCCCGAGGAGACCGACGACGAGGAAGAGGGGAAGGGCAAGGACUGGAGUACGCACAAGUUUUGAAACAUGAUCCGAGAUGGCUAACCAUCUUCUCAUCUGCCGAUAUUCGGCAUACCAUCAUGUUGGACCUAAUGCACAGAUUUUGGAUAUGGCUCUAUACGAAAUUGACACACCGAGCACCAUGUGUGCAGAAGCACACUGGCAUGGCAGUCUUGCGUGUGUGAAAGCUUGGUGUUGCGUAUUGCGAUUGUGGCCUUGUAAGAUCCGAAACAACAAGGCCAAUAUGUCUGGAGCUCGA